CGAGCUCUCUUGUUGUGUUUGGCUUGUGAUUUAAUAUUUUAGGAAAUAUGUCGAGUAAAAGUCGUAAACGGACGGCUAGCAGUAGCAGCAGCAGCGCGGAGGAGCCAGACAGCGAAGAGGAGUCGCGUCUUAAGGAUCUACGAGAGCGAGAUGAGUUUGCCAAUCGCUUGAAGCAGCGUGAUGAGGAACGCACCCGCAAAGUGGUUGAGGCAACUGGCGGACGCAAAGCGAUUGAAGAGGCCACCAAGCGCCUGAAGCUGGAGCAUGAGGACCGAGACAAGAUUGUGCCUCAUCUGCGCGUCCAAUCGCGCCGACAGUACUUGGAAAAGCGCAAGGAAGACAAAGUGGCUGAGCUGGAGGCAGACAUACUGGACGACGAAUAUCUCUUCGAAGAGAGCGUUUUAACCAAGCGCGAACGGGAGGAGCGCCAGUACAAGAAACAACUGUUGAACAUAGCCAAGGAGCAUGAGAAGGCGCGUGAGCUGGAGCGCAUUCAGCGUUAUCACAUGCCACAGGAUCUUAAGAAGGGCGAGCGAUCGGAGUACGUAGAGGUUGAUGAAUUUGAGAAGCAGCCCAACUCGGAGCAAAAGAAAUGGGAGGCUGAGCAGCUGGCAUCAGCACGCUUCCAGUUUGGUGCCAAGGACGCAAAGGCUGAGGAGGAGUAUGAGUUGCUGCUGGAUGAUCAAAUUGAUUUCAUACAGGCCCUUACACUUGACGGGACCCGAGAGAAGACCGCCAAACAAGCUGAACUAACUGAAAAAGAACGAAAGCGUCUGACGCUGGAUGAGACGCGCAAAUCGUUGCCUGUUUAUCCCUUUAAGGAGGAUCUCAUUGCAGCUGUAAAGGAGCAUCAGGUGCUGAUCAUUGAAGGCGAGACAGGUUCUGGCAAGACCACACAGGUGCCGCAGUACCUUGUUGAUGCAGGUUUUACGAAGGAUAAGAAAAUGAUUGGCUGCACACAGCCGCGACGCGUGGCUGCCAUGUCAGUGGCAGCUCGAGUGGCCGAAGAAAUGGGUGUUAAGCUCGGCAAUGAGGUGGGCUACAGCAUUCGCUUCGAGGACUGUACAUCGGAUCGCACCAUACUCAAGUACAUGACAGAUGGCACGUUGCACCGUGAGUUCCUCUCGGAACCGGAUCUGGGCUCAUACAGCGUCAUGAUCAUUGAUGAGGCCCAUGAGCGUACGCUGCAUACGGAUAUUCUGUUUGGCCUUGUGAAGGACAUAGCACGAUUUCGGCCCGAGCUAAAGUUGCUCAUUUCCAGCGCUACGCUUGAUGCAGAGAAAUUCUCCGCCUUCUUUGACGAUGCGCCCAUUUUUCGCAUACCCGGUAGGCGCUAUCCGGUAGAUAUAUUCUAUACGAAAGCGCCCGAGGCGGACUAUAUUGACGCCUGCUGCGUAUCGGUGCUGCAGAUUCACGCUACGCAGCCGCUUGGCGAUAUUUUGGUAUUUCUCACGGGCCAGGACGAGAUCGAGACGUGUCAGGAGGUGCUGCAGGAUCGUGUCAAGCGUUUGGGCUCCAAAAUACGCGAGCUCAUUGUCAUUCCAGUCUAUGCCAAUUUACCCAGCGACAUGCAGGCCAAAAUCUUUGAGCCGACGCCGCCCAAUGCACGCAAGGUGAUCCUUGCCACGAACAUUGCGGAAACGUCGCUGACUAUAGACAACAUCAUUUAUGUCAUCGAUCCGGGCUUUGCCAAGCAAAACAACUUUAAUUCUCGCACGGGCAUGGAAUCGCUAAUGGUGGUGCCCAUUUCAAAGGCUUCGGCAAAUCAACGAGCUGGACGCGCUGGACGUACAGCUCCAGGCAAAUGCUUCCGUCUGUACACCGCCUGGGCAUACAAGCACGAGCUGGAGGAGAACACAGUGCCCGAAAUCUGCCGCAUUAACCUCGGCAAUGCGGUGCUCAUGCUCAAGGCCUUGGGCAUUAACGAUCUAAUACACUUUGACUUUCUUGAUCCGCCACCACACGAGACGCUAGUGCUGGCACUGGAGCAGCUUUACGCGUUGGGUGCGCUCAAUCAUCACGGCGAAUUGACCAAGCUGGGCCGUCGCAUGGCGGAGUUUCCCGUGGACCCAAUGAUGGGAAAGAUGCUGCUGGCCAGCGAAAAAUACAAGUGCUCCGAGGAAAUGGUCACCAUAGCGGCCAUGCUGUCAGUUAAUAGCGCCAUAUUCUAUCGGCCCAAGGACAAGAUCAUACACGCUGAUACCGCGCGCAAGAACUUCAAUCAUAUGCACGGUGACCAUCUAAGUCUGCUUCAGGUCUACAACCAGUGGGCGGAGACGGAUUACAGCACCCAGUGGUGCUACGAGAACUUUAUACAGUACAGAUCCAUGAAGCGGGCUCGCGAUGUGCGCGAGCAGCUGGUCGGUCUGAUGCAGCGCGUCGAAAUAGACAUGGUCAGCUGUCUGCCAGAAACGAUCAACGUGCGCAAGGCGGCCACGGCUGGCUACUUUUAUCAUGUGGCACGUCUGUCCAAGGGCGGUCACUACAAGACAAUUAAGCACAAUCAAACUGUAAUGAUACAUCCCAACUCGUCGUUGUUUGAGGAGCUGCCGCGGUGGGUGCUAUAUCAUGAGCUGGUCUUCACCUCCAAAGAGUACAUGCGUCAGGUUAUUGAAAUUGAAAGCAAAUGGCUGCUGGAGGUAGCUCCUCAUUACUACAAAUCAAAGGAACUGGAGGAUUCCACUAAUAAAAAGAUGCCCAAAACCGCAGGACGCGCAGAGAUGACGCAAUAA